AUGGCGGAGGGGCCGCCCUACGGCGAGGGGCAGCUGGCGGGGGGCGCGGCGGGGGGGGAGCUGCCUUUCCCCGUCCGCCUCCGCGGCCCCGACGGUCUCCUGGCGGCCGGGCAGGGCAAGAGGCCGCCCAAGCUGGGGCAGAUCGGGCGCAGCAAGAGAGUGGUUAUCGAAGAUGAUAGAAUCGAUGACGUGCUGCAAAAUCUCUCCGAAAAGGCCCCUCCCGGUGUUUAAUACCUCUCCGGGGACAUUCGGUGAAAACCGGGGCCGGGUGUGGGGGGGGCGGUUUCCAAUAUCCCAGGUUUUUGGCAAAAAUUAACUAAAAAAAAAAAAAAAAAAAGCACCGGGAGAACCAACGCGCCGGGCUCGGAGCGCCGUCACCGCCAGCACGCCGCGCAGGGGAUGCAGGCGACAGGACAGCACAGGAUCCCCGUGAGAUGCAAAAUUACAUACAAAAAAAAGAAAAUAAUAAUUGGGGAAAAAAAGAAUAAAACCCGCUCCACAAUCCCCCCCCCCCAGCCACGUCCACAAAGGCUCGCGAGGGACGGAGGCGCUGCGGGUUUCUGCGCCGGGGACGGCGAGCGCAGCGCCGGGGCUCGGACCCUCGGGUGGCGCCGAGCGGGCGCCUUGUUUACACGAGUUAACCUUGCAAAAAUGAAUCCGUGCACUUGGAGGUACCAUGCUACUGGUUCUGUUCUUUGAUUUCGUUUUGGUUUUAUUUUAUUUUUAUUUUUUACGUUGGUGUCUUUCGAUGUUGGGAAAUGAUAUAAAAUAUAUAUAGAUAUCUAUAUUUCGGUCGCGUUUUAAGGUUCACAAUGGAAUGCGUGGGGGGGAAAAAAAGCAAAACAAAACAACUUUUAUAAAGGAACGGACUGGAGGGAGAAUUGUGGUUUUAUUUUUUAAAGCUUGCACUUCUUGGUUGCUGUGAGCAAACGGCUCUGUGCAGACGGAGAUUUUAUAUGUACGGGGGGGAUGCUCGGCCUUUUUAACAACCAUGCAGUCUGUAGUGUGGGUAAUUUUUUUUUUUCUUAUAUUGUGGCAGUUUCCUCUCUUUAAUAGACUGUAUUAAAAAAGAAAAAACUCGAUCACAAAUUAACCUGAUGGAUGUAAUCAUCACAAGAGUGCCAAACGCUGGGUGCCGGAGAGCCGCGUUUCAUGCCCAGGCUUUGCGCUCUCGCGGGCAGCGCCGGGGCUUCGCUCGGCUCCUACGCCUCUGUCGGUCUCUCGUGGGGUUUCUUUGACUUCUCUUUUCUAGUCUUUCUUUUUAACUAUUUUGCAUGACAUGCAAAAAAAAAAAAAGGAAAAAAAAAAAAAACCAAGCACCUCUCGUGCGAGGGCCUAUUUUAUUGUUUUCUGUUUGCGACUCUGAAUGACAGACCUCAAGCCAGGUUUCCUUUCCUCCUUUUCUUAAAUAUCGUGUAUGGUGCACUUCUCCUCCACUACACAGGGCUAUUUCUGCAAUGUACCAAUAAAAAGGAAAAUGAGACAAAA